AUGCUGUGUUUUGUAACAGAAAAUAUGGGCUUACUCUGUAGCAAAAGUAACCGUUACAAUGAUGCCAAAGCUGAAGAAAAUGCACAGACUGCAGAAAUUGAAAGAAGAAUAGAGUUAGAAACAAAAGCUGAAAAGCAUAUUCAGAAACUUCUACUACUAGGAGCUGGAGAGUCGGGGAAGUCCACAAUAUUUAAGCAGAUAAAACUUUUAUUUCAAACUGGCUUUGAUGAGGCAGAGCUAAAAAGCUAUCUACCAGUCGUUCAUGCUAAUGUAUAUCAGACAAUAAAAUUACUUCAUGAUGGAUCGAAGGAGUUUGCACAGAAUGAUGUUGAUUUUUCAAAGUAUGUUAUAUCAAGUGAAAAUAAGGACAUUGGUGAAAAGUUAUCAGAAAUUGGUGGCAGGAUGGAUUACCCACGUCUCACCAAGGAACUUGCACAGGAAAUAGAGAGUCUGUGGAAGGAUGCUGCAAUUCAGGAAACAUAUGUCCGUGGUAAUGAGCUCCAAGUUCCGGACUGCACACAUUAUUUCAUGGAAAAUUUGCAGAGGCUGUCUGAUGCAAGUUAUGUUCCAACAAAGGAGGAUGUCUUGCUUGCUAGAGUUCGUACUACUGGUGUUGUAGAGAUCCAGUUCAGCCCUGUUGGAGAAAACAAGAAAAGUGGUGAAGUCUAUAGACUGUUUGAUGUCGGUGGCCAGAGAAAUGAGAGGAGGAAAUGGAUCCAUCUGUUUGAAGGAGUUUCAGCUGUAAUAUUCUGUGUUGCGAUUAGCGAAUACGAUCAAACACUUUUUGAGGAUGAGAACAAGAACAGAAUGAUGGAGACAAAGGAACUUUUUGAAUGGGUCCUGAAGCAACAAUGUUUUGAGAAAACAUCCUUCAUGUUAUUUUUGAACAAGUUUGACAUAUUUGAGAAGAAGAUCCUUGAUGUUCCACUUAAUGUAUGCGAGUGGUUCAAAGAUUACCAGCCAGUUUCAACCGGAAAACAAGAGAUUGAGCAUGCAUACGAGUUUGUGAAGAAAAAAUUUGAGGAAUCAUAUUUUCAGAGCACUGCUCCGGACAGCGUAGACCGUGUGUUCAAAAUCUAUAGGACCACUGCACUUGAUCAGAAGGUUGUGAAGAAGACAUUCAAGCUCGUUGACGAGACUUUGAGACGAAGAAAUCUCUUUGAGGCUGGCUUGUUAUGA